GGACUGAACCCAGGGCUGGAUGUUCUUCCCAAAAUGAGUUUGGUGAUUAAAAAUCUGCAGCGGGUGGUCCCCAUCAGAAGAGUGCCACUUCGCAGGAAGAUGGAUAUGGUCCGGAGUAUUUUAGGAGUGAAGAAUUUUGACCUGGGAAUCAUCUGUAUUGACAAUAAGAGUAUUCAGCACAUUAAUAGGAUCUACAGGAAGAAAAACGUCCCAACUGAUGUGCUUUCUUUCCCAUUUCAUGAGAAUCUGAAAGCAGGUGAAUUUCCUCAGCCAUACUCACCAGAUGAUUAUAAUUUGGGAGAUGUUUUUCUAGGAGUGGAAUAUAUCUUCCAGCAGUGCAAAGAAAAUGAAGAUUACUAUGACAUCCUAACGGUGACAGCCACCCAUGGACUCUGUCACCUUCUGGGCUUCACCCACAACUCCAAGGCUGAGUGGCAAAAGAUGUACAGCCAGGAGAAGCUGGUGCUGGAGGAACUAAAUCGCUGCACCGGAAGCAGGCUCCAGCCCCUGAGCAGGGGCCUCUACUAAUGCUUCGAUGCCCUGAGAUAGCAAAGUUGAUGGACAGAGUCCUGCCCCUCCAGGGCGGCUCUCUGCCAGUCAUGCCGUCCUGGAUGACAUCAGCCCACACUAAAGCUUAGUCCCGUGAGUGGAAAUUGGCUUCAGAAAGUACCGAAGAGGUGUCUGACUGGUUCUUGCUCUGUUCAGAAGACUGUCUUGAUUAUUGUAAACAGUAGUUCUAGGCCAUUUCUAAGAGAAGAAACACGUAAGUUCUGUAUGCUUCUCUGGGUUUCUAGCGGUAGAGUUUGGGUGGACUGCCCUGUCUCCCUGAAGUGGAACCCACGUCUCAGAACACUGAAAUCUGUUCUUCCUAGGAGACCGGGUACCUGCAAGAGAAGCAGACUCCAAAGGGCAAGGCUCCCACCCCAGCCCUCAGGAACUCUGUGACCUGAACCUUGUUUGCGCCACUCCUAAGAGCUACUGUAUCCCCUCACUUUUCUUAAGUCAUUGGCUACAAACACCAUAAGAAAGCCCAGUGACCUACAAAGCCCGUCCUCCGGGGGCCAGAGAUUCAGUCAGGCCCAUCUCCAAUCGCCUUAUCAUUGUUGUUAUUUUAAUUUGAUGUAUGUGUAUGUGUAUGGGUGCACAUAUUCCACAGCAUGCUAUGGUGAUAUUUUAUUUGUACUGAAAUGUGAUUUUAUUUAUAUGUU